GACGCCGCGGCGCGCGGAUCGGACCGGCACGCGGCAAUGAAAAGCGAGUCGGACGUGGACGCGAACCUAGACACGGCCGCGGGCCGCAAGCGCUACGACGCCAAGAUGCCGCCACCGCUGAGCGUGGACGCGGAGAACUACAUGGUGCGCGUCGGCCGCCCCCGGUCGCUGAGCUUCAACGGCGGCGGCGGGGAGCAGUCGCCGCCGCCUCCAGGUCCGGCGGUGGAGCGGUUGAGCCGCAGCCCGCUGGACCUCGACAUGUUCUGCGUGCGCGAGACGGUCAGCUCGCUGGCCAAGCCGACACCGUCGGCACCGCCGCCGCCGCCUCCUCCGCCUCCUCCGCCCCCGGAGGCGGCCGAGGCCAGCCUGCCGAACCCGGGCUGCGCGCGCACCGUGUCGUUCCACGCAUUGCUGUGCACGUGCCGCCUGUCGUGCUGCUGCCUGUGCAACUGUCUGUGCUCCGCAGGUUGCCAGGCGUGCUUCCACACGGCGUGCGCGCCGCUGGCCGGCCAGGCGGACUGCCGCCGCAACAGGGACGCCCUGCCGCCCGUCACGCUCGCCAAGGAGAAGCCAAUCAGUGAAUGGACGUCUGCCAAUGUCGUUGAGUGGAUGGCUGCUCUCAAUCUGUAUCGGUAUGCAGAUGUAUUCAAGUCCAAAGACAUCAAGGGAUCCGACCUCAUCAAUCUUGACCGGGAGAAACUUAUGAAUAUGGGAAUAAAAGAUGAGUUCCAUCAGAAGGCGAUACUAGUGUGCAUAGAUGAGCUAUGCAACUCUCCAGUUGGCAUGUACACUGAAGAAACUUGCACCAACUCUACCCACCAGCUGAUCGAGAACAGUUUCUCAACUCUCGAGCGCUGUGACAAGUGCAACAAAUAUCUGCGUGGUCUUCAGCACCAGGGGUUCGUUUGCCUAGACUGUGGUUUGGUGGCCCAUCGCACGUGUGCAGCAACCGGCCUGCCAUCGUGCUUAUCCCAGGGUUCGGACUACCGCUCCAGGCUUGAACAGAGGUCUGUGUUCGGCUCUGGCCUGUGCCUCCAGUUCAGCCCUAAAACAAAGCCCGCACCACAGCUUGUCAUAGAGUGCACCAACGAGCUGGAGAAGGCCGUACACAACAACCCAGCUCUUGAUGUUUACAAGUUGUAUCGUACUUCCCCACAAGCAGACCAUCUCGCUGAACUGCAGCAGAAACUUAAUGAUGACAAGGCAAACGCAGACCUGAUUCUGUCCAACUAUGAACCUCACUGUGUUGCUGGCAUUCUGAAAAAGUUCCUACACGAGCUACCUGACCCUGUCAUACCCGUGCAAUGGUACGACAGGUUUCUGGAGGCAUCACGGAUACGCAACGACGAGCAGUGUGGCUCGUGCAUGCAGCAGAUAGUGCAGGAGCUUCCUGAGCACCACCGUGCCACUCUCCAUUACCUCAUGACCCACCUGUGCCGUAUGUGCCAGCUGCAGUACGACCACGGCUUCACGGAACCUCCCACCGUGCUCAUCCAGGACCUGUGCCAUGUCUUCCUGCGCCCUCCGUGGGAGAGGAUCAUCCAAGUGGUGUACAACACUGAAUCUCACAUCCGAGUCAUGGAAAUUCUGUUGCUCUAUGGUGAAUGGGGGGAAAAACUGCCUACAUUUGCAUCUGCUCCUGCACUACCUCCACGCAAGAUUUCACGACAUCAUCCUCUCUUUGAGCUGGAACUGGAGAAAGAAUGCACAGAAAUGAGACAUUCCUUACAAGAUGCUGAGUGGUAUUGGGGAAAUAUUACGAGGGAGGAUGUUAACGAAAUGUUGAAGGAUACACCUGAUGGCACUUUCUUAGUGCGUGAUGCAUCCAGCAAAUGUGGAGAGUACACCUUGACUCUCAGGAAAGGUGGAACAAAUAAGCUCAUAAAGAUCACAUCUCGCAAUGGGAAGUAUGGUUUUUCUGAACCAUUUAAAUUCAAUUCAGUUGUUGAACUAGUUCAACACUAUCGCUCUGUUUCACUUGCCCAAUACAACUCAAGUCUGGACAUCAAACUGCUGUAUCCAGUGUCACGGCUUCAGCAAGAGGAAGAAUUUGGCAGUGCGGCAGACAUUGACAAAGUGGUAGCAGAACUGAUUCAAAUCAACAAAGAAUACAUGCUAAAAACCAAAAUUUAUGAGGAUUACUAUGAAGAUUUCACACAAACUUCUCACGACAUCACCACUAAAAGACAUGCGUUAGACUCUUUUCUUACAGCUGUUAAUAUGUUCCAAGGACAGUUGAAGACCUUAGAAACAUCACAAUGCCAAGCUCAACCUCACGAAGCAAAGAGUUUGUUGGAAAACUCAAUGGUUAUAAAAGGUAGAUUGGAAACUUUGGAAGAAAGUCAGAAGCAGCUGAAAGAAACCCACAAUCAGCAAGUAGCAUAUAGCCGCACUUUGGAACGAGAAAUGUAUGCUCUGAAGCCAGAGAUUGUACAGCUCUAUAAACAGAAGGAUCGUCGUAUAUUGUGGCUGAAAGCACAUGGAGUCAAAAAGGUUCGUGUUGAGGAACUGUUGAAACAAGAUGAUUUGGAGGCUUGUAGAUCUCAGAUGUUGGACGUUGAUAUUGGAUGCGAAAACUUGCCUCAUCAAGAUGAGAACUCUUGGUUGCUUAGAGAUUGCUCUCGAGAUGAUGCAGAGCGCUUGUUGGCUGGCAAACCAGAUGGGACUUUCUUAGUGCGUCCAAGCCGCACUGGACAGUUUGCACUUUCUAUUAACUGCAAUGGUACUACCAAUCAUUGCAUCAUUUACAAGACUGAACGUGGUUAUGGAUUUGCUGAGCCAUACAAUAUAUAUGAGUCUUUGAAGUUGUUGGUGCUGCAUUAUGCUCAGAAUUCACUAGAAGAACAUAAUGAUUCACUCCAAACCACCCUGGCAUAUCCAGUGUUCGGGCCCACACGACAUGCUCCGAUAUCUGCUUUUGUCCAUGGACCAAUACAGCCUGUUGAAAUACCAACUAGCAGGGGCUAUGUUUUGACUCAGUCCCAUUAGACGGGGCCUGUAUCUCAUAUCAGACUGUGAUAAACUUUAUGGCACUAGUUAGUGGCCAAAAUUGCUACGUACAAAAUUUUCACUGCAAUAUUUUUGCGGUGGUGAUAACUUAGUUUUUUUAGAGUACUGUUAGAGUUCGGUGUAGUGUUUUUUUGAAUACAAGUGCCAGCUAACUAAGUGAUAUUUGUCUGAAGUAAGUAUAAAAAUGAGAGCUCUUGUUAACUGUUUUAUACAAAGUCAAUUAUUUGUUUGGACAUAACUGUGCUUUUUUUAAACUAGAUUUUAGAGCUUGAAAUUAAGAUAUAAAUGUUUAAAAAAUGAAAACUACAAUGCAGAAAUUUUGAUACACUGUAUUUACUCAAUUUGGGCACAAGCAAUUUUUGAUUAUGAAAGCUUUUUCAGCUAAUGCAUGCAGAAACGAACAAUUUUGCUAUCAGUAGCUACAGAUUUUUUACAGGAUUGUUUCACAAACAUUUUUUGAACUUUGCUCUCUAAGUAACAUGUCUGUUUCAGUCUUUAAGACACAUAAGUAUUGUAUUUAGUGUACUGAUAUACACAGAUAAAUGUAAUCAUAUCUACUGCUCUGGCAUUUUAGUAAGAAAUUAUGUGUUAGAAUUAUUUUACAUAAAAUAUUCAUGCAAAUUUCUUGUGUUGUUUUUAUUUAACAUGUAGGUAUGUUAUACAAUCAAAAUUUUAUAUUGUUCUUUGUGAAAAUUUUUGAAGUUUUGUGUAGAAAUGUUUAUUUGUUAUAAAAACUGCUAUAAAUAGUGUUUAUUUGUUGAGUGUUAAUAGUAAUAUUUAAUUUUAAAAAUGUGUCAUAUUUGUUCUGCAUUAUUUUGUGAAAUGUUUUGGCAUUCAUAUUCACAUAUACAAGUGACAUAUUUAUUUAUGUGUAUUACAGAAAGAAAUCUCAUGACUGUUUUAUUAGCCUUUAUUGUAAGAAUUUGCCCCAAAAAAAGUGCUAAAAUCAGUUACCAAUAUAAUUUUUUGCAAGUCAGAUUGAAGUAUAACAAUCUGAAAGUAUUAUUAUAUAGUAACAGAUUUGAAAAAAUUGUAAGAAAUAUUUAUAAAGUUUUCUUUAGUCACAUUACUUUAAUAUUGUAAUUUUACAGACUUGAUUUAUUAAAAAAAAUGCUAGCCAUUUGUAUUCAGGUAAUAAGCCUUGUCUGAGGGGGAGAGUGAUGAUAUUACUCAGUGGAAACAUCUAAUGCAACAAAAAUAAACAGUUGAGAAAGAAAUCUGUGCAUCCUUCAAAUUAUUAUUGUGUAAUUUUUUGUUUGAUUUAUGGCUUGUUUUAUUUAAAUGGUAUGUUUGGUACCAUGUCUUCCUGUAGUUUACUGCUAAGAACCAUUGGAGAAACAAUUUCAAGAAAAGUUUUAGUAAAAUGCAUAAAAAAAAAUUUUUUUUUUUAACAUAAAAAAGGGUUUUUUGAAAAAAUAUACAUUUGUAGUUGGAAACUACAGAAUAUUGAAAUUUUUUUUGCUAUAGAGUAUUAUUAGAUUGUUAUGUUUCUCCAAUAAUAUGAUGACUGAAAAAUGCUAAUAUGAUGUAGAUUGUAAAAGCUUCACUUUAGAGAGAAGUUGGAUCCUCUUAUUUCAGCUUGUAGUUUGUUUCUGGUCCAUUCAAUCAUAUUCUCAACUCAAUUCUCUGUUUAGACAUUGUAACAAGAAUGAAACCUACAUGAUUGCUUCAUUUAGAUAAUUUACAAAAAAAAUGUUGAAUUAGUUUUAGACUUGAUCCUGAUAGUCUUACCUGUAAAAUUUAAAUAAUCAACAUUCAUAAUAAAUUCAGAAGUUAAAUUUAUGAAACAAAUUGAACAUGUUUCUACAGUCUGUUACAUAAUUAAAACCACCAAAAUUUGUCUGAUUUAAAUGUUUGCAUGCAAAGGCAACUCACUAGAAACAUGCAUUAAGCCAAAAUUAAACUGUUGUUUAUACACAAACAAUUUGUACGUAAUAUUAGAAAAGAUAAAAAAAUUAAUCCAACUUGCUUCAUGAUUGCCUUGGUCUGGGUUGCACACACAUUACACAAGUUCUCACUGAAGUCCCCACGCAUAAAUUAUUGGAACUUUAUUAAAUUGCAUUGUCUUGGAAAGUUUAAUCACUGCAAUAUCCAUGUCGACCAACAUGUGCUGCACUCACACAUUAAAUAAUCAAACUGCAUUAUCUCUCUUACAUGAAAAUGUUAACACAACUACUAAUAAGUAGUUGGCUGGAGUUCAUUGUCCUUGGGAUGAUCCUGUACAAAAUGUUUGGUCCAAAAAUUUCUAAUACAUAGUUUUUAAAUCUAAAGCAUACCUAAGAAAAAGUUUGAAUUUCUGGCCAAGCCCUAGAUGUAAAUGAGUGUUGUUGGGCACAUCUUGCUAAUAGUUACGUGAACUGCCAUUUGACACCCUGCUAGUGCAAUCAGAAUCGUGGCAACAACUGAAAUAGCAUUUUUUUCACUACGAAAACACCUUUUGCAAGCUGCAUUUUGUAAAUAUCCUUUCAAGAUAUCCAUUAUAUAAAGAAAGUGAGUUAAAAUUUUCAAUUCUUUAUGUCAUGAAAAAAUUAUACAUUUUUUGCAGUAGUAGUAGUAGUAUUAACUAUAAAACGAGAAUUUCAAUAUUAUGUCAUUUUUUGGACCAUUUAUAAACAAAAUUAAUUAGGUACAUGUAAUAAAACUACUAGAAAAUAACAAAACAAAACUGUUUCCAUAAUUAUAUCUACUUCAACCACCAUUGACUUAGUAAAACCUCAUAACUAUUGAGACCAAUUACACAGAAAGAACAUUUAUUAACCUAUUCGGAACUCGAAAUAUAAUGGAAUGUUCCUUAAAUUCUUCUAGAACCUAUUAAAAAUAGUAUUUGUGCCUGCACUAUAACCAUGUUAUUUUACUGCCAGUAUUUUUUUUACAUGUCAAACUAAAACCUACAGUCCCUAUGAGUCAGUUAUAGCUUUUUAUUUUUGAAUAUCAUACAUAAAAUGUUUAUUGAUUUGAAAGACUAAAUGUUAUAUUCACCAUAAAGAGACUAUCAAGUUCAAAGGCUAAAUAAAAAAAAAAAACAGGAUGGAGAAAAAAUGAGAUGUUAAAAUUAGGCAUGCAAUUUUAGUAGAAUGAAUGAAGCUGCCAUUUUGGAAGUCUGGUACGUAGUUAAAUUUUAUAAUUGAUUCUGAAUUGAGAAUAUGUAAGGUUAAAAAUAUAGAGUAUCAUUUAUCCUAAAUUUUACUUUUUCAAAUCAGUAUUUGAUCCUUCAUUGAUGUAUUCAACUGUUAAUUAUAAAAAUUAAUCAAUUCUCUUGGGGGGAAAAAAUGAGUUGAAAACACUGCAGGACUUCUGACACAUAUUGAGCUUAUCACCUAGCCAGGACUAGCAAAAAUAUGUUGUAUAAAUUCAUAUAGGGUUAGUUCAGAGGGAAAUGGAUAGUAGAAAUUUAUAAUGCUACCAUAAUUCAGGGGUGCAUGCUUAAAAUGCUUAAAAGCAUUGUAUUUCAUGUUUCUCUGCCUAGUUGCACUGAGUAGAGUAGGUACUGUUUUUUGAGGGUAGAUACUCAAACACCUAUGUAUUCAUUCUAAAUCUCCUGCAUUGAUUCUGUAACUGGUUAAACACUUUUUUUUACAAUAAUAAGUUUUAUUUAUGAUUUAAACUAUGUAAAUUACACCUCUUUUGAUAUAAGGCAGUAUGACAUUUCCUACUAAUAUUAAUUCAAUUCUCCUUUUUAUUGGUCAUUUAAGCAUAGUUUUAAAUUGUAUUACAUAUUUUAGAAAACUCUUUAAUUUUUCAUUGCUUGUCAACAGAAAACAUUCAAGAGUUAUAUAGUAAAAUUUUUCAAUUCUGUAUUUGUAUGUUCUCACAACAAACUCACUUCUGUAAUUUUUCAAUGUAAAAAAAAUUAUGCUGGAUUCAGUCUUAAAGUCACAUGCCAUUCAAGACGUGAUACUAUCAUCGUAAGUCUUCAUUUUAAGGAAAUUUUAGAUAGAUUGUUUCAGAAGUAAGUUUUUGUCAAAUAUAUGGAAAAUUAAUAAUUAUUUUAACUGCACAAAUCUCAAUGCUGUCUCUAAAUGGACAAUGUUUUUGGCUAUAAAUUUGGUUGCUUUAUCCUUAAUUGUCAUAGUGUAAAAUUUUUAAUUUACACGUAAUUUAAAUACUAACAUGCACCACAUUUCUAGGAUAUUAUAGGCACACAUAAAGAUGGAGUUUGCACAAUAAGUGGACGUGGUAUCUGUACAAUACCAAUUAGAAUGAUAAUGAAUCUUUGUCACUUAUUGUCAAUCCUCAGAUUGCAAGGAGCAUUUCAAUGAGUGAGCUGUGGGGUUAGGAUUGGAUUUGCUGUGAUACUGCCACUUAUGGUACUGAUAAAUUCAACAUUAUGUGCAGUAUCGCCAUUAUAAUAAUACUUCAUCAUAUCUCAGACAAAUUGAGUGUAUAAACUUUGUUUUUUUGUUUUUCAAUUGGAACGUCUUUUGUUCACAAUUAAUUUUUAUCAAGAGAUAAUUUAGUAAUUAUUUAAAGAGUUGAUCCUGCUUCAGAAAGUUGUAACUAUUCUGUGUGCUCUUUGUUGGAGGAAUUGAAGUUAGGCUACUUGAGACAGUUUACAACCAACACAUGAUUUUAUGAGCUUACAGUUGAAUAUUUCAAUGAAUUUUUGUUUUAACAUGUAUUUGUAGCUACAGAAGUGCACAUUCUGCAGUAUUUUGUAUGUGCUACAACUGUUUUCUUUAAGGGUAACUCAAAAUGCUUAUAUUUAGUUUUUUUUUUUUACUUGUGUCGUGUCAUCUUUGUAUGUUGAAGCAUACAUGUAAAAUUGGAAAAAUAAUAUAUUAUAAAAAAUCUCUUU